AUGUAUCUGUCUGAAACCAGAAACAGAAACAGCAGAAUGGAGACGCACAUCUGGACUCUCUUCAUGUGGGCGUCUCUUUCAGAAGCCUUCAACAUCGACACUGAACAUCCACUGAGAUUUAACGGCACGGAAGAUUUCUUUGGUUACAGCGUUUAUCAGACGGAGUUUGGAAGCAGGAAGCAGAUCAUUGUUGGAGCUCCAUUACAAGGGAACUCAACAGGGGAGAUGUACAGCUGCUCUGCAGAUCUGCAGUCCUGCAAACGUCUGCAGCGUCCAGGUUCAGAGAGCGUCCGCUUCUUCGGCAUGUCUGCUGCUGCGUCGUCUGCUGCUCUGACUAGCUGCAGUCCGUAUGUUCCUCAUGAGUGUGAUGGAAACUCCUAUCUGAACGGCAUUUGCUACCAGUUCAACAGCAGCUUACAGGCCGUCUCCAACUUCACCGCUGCUUACCAAGAAUGCACCAAGAGAGAAGUCAAUCUGGUGUUUCUCUUUGAUGGAUCCAGCAGUAUGAGAACAUCUGAGUUUGAACUGAACAAAUACUUCAUUAAAGAUGUCAUGAAAAAACUUUCAAACUCAUCCAUAAAGUUUGCUGCUGUCCAGUUUUCAAAAAAUGUACGAACUGUGUUUGACUUCAAUGAUUAUCAGAACGGCUUCGCUGAACAGAAACUCAUGAAAGAGAAACACAUGCAAUCUCUCACAAACACACACAAAGCAAUCAACUACGUUCUAAAGAAUCUGCUGAAUAACGUGUCGUCUGGAGCUGAUCUCAACGCUCAGAAAGCUCUGGUGAUCAUCACAGAUGGAGACCCCAGUGAUAACGAUGAUAAUAAUGUCCUCAACAGAUGUGAUAAGCAGAAUACCCUCCGUUACAUCAUCGGGGUGGGAAACCUCGAUUUAACUAAACUCGUUCAGCUGGCAUCAGAACCAAAACACAACAACACCUUCUACAUUCAAAACUACAGAGGACUCGAAGGACUUCUUGACAACCUGCAAAAAAAGAUCUACAACACUGAAGGUUCAAAGGAGGCACACAGCAGAGACAGAGAGUUAUCACAGAGUGGAUUCAGUGUCGUCUACUAUGAGGACUCUGUGAUCGUGGGUUCGGUCGGAUCGAAUGACUGGCGUGGAGCUCUGUAUGAAGUGACGGGAUCAGGAUCUGAGUUCAGAGAGACAGAGAUCAUCAAUCCAGCUGUAAAUAAAGACUCGUACAUGGGUUACUCUACUGUGCUGGGAAUGAGAAACGGCGUCUCUCUUCUGUUCUCUGGAGCGCCGCGGGCCGAACACACGGGUCUGGUGACCCUCUUCACCAAGAACCAAAACACAUGGACAGUGACGAGGAACAUCAGCGGAGAACAAAUUGGCUCAUAUUUCGGAGCGUCUCUGAGUCUGUUGGAUGUGGACUCUGAUGGAGACUCAGAUUUCCUUCUGGUCGGAGCUCCAUUAUUUUACCAGUCUCAGCCGAGGGCUGAAGGGAGGCUGUACAUCUACGCUUUAUCAGAGCAGUAUUUUCAGAAGACGCUCAAUGUGAGUGAAUCCACCACAGGCAGAUUUGCUGCGUCUGUGGCUCCACUAAAGGACCUGAAUGGAGACAGUCUGUCAGAUGUGGCGGUCGGGGCGCCGCUGGAGAAUGGAGGAGUCGUCUACAUCUAUCUGGGCCACAGGAGGCAUGGCAUAAACCCUGAACACGCUCCUCAGCGGAUCCCAGCGCGGUCGGUUCUGCCCGGUCUGCAGCAGUUCGGAGUGUCUCUGUCCGGUCAGAUGGACAUGAACGAUGAUAAUCUGACAGAUAUCGUGAUCGGAGCACAAGGAGGGAUCGUGCUGCUCAGGGCUCGGCCUGUGAUGUCUGUAUCUGCGCAGCUCAGUUUCAGUCCAAAGGAAAUCAGCUUGAACUACUUUGAAUGUCCGAGUGACAACACAUUUAGCGCAUUUGAUCUCACGUCAUGUUUCACAGUGAACGAGCGCACCAGCAGCACAGGAUCUCUGGAGAAGAAGCUGAAUGUUUCUCUGAAUCUGAACGUGGACGUGGUACGACGAAUGAGUCGAGGAUUCUUCGAUCCGAUGGAUUCGUCAUCCAGGACUCUGCAGCAGUCUGUUCUGCUGGAUUCUGGGUCCUCCUGUUUUAACUUCUCUAUCUUCAUGAUGCGCUGUGUUGCAGACACAGUCUCUCCUCUGAAGAUACGAAUGAAUUUCUCACAAACUGAGAUGUUGUCUGGAAACUCUACGGCUGUUCUUGAUGUUCACAGCAGGACGGAGGAGUAUGUCGAGGUGCCAUUUCAAGGAACUAAUUCAAACAUCAGCUGUGUGGCCGAUCUGAAGCUGAACAACAACUGAGAAACAACUGAUGAAUAAAUUAGACAUGAUGUUAAUGUGAAAUAUGAUUGUAAAUGCUUCUGAAUACUGCCAACCUUCACCAGGUUUUGUUUUUCUAUUGAAAUUAGGGUUUGUUCUGCAGGAACGACACCUCAGUCAACAAUUCGAUCUCACAGUGAUCUCACCAUGAUCUCACAGGAUACUCGUGAUGAGGUCACAAUGUGAGGUCACCGUGAGCUAAAAGUGUAACCUCACAGCGCCCUCACUGUGUGCUCAUACUAAUAUGAGGUCAAAGUGCACUCACUGUACAGAGACUAUGUGCCCAGCAUGCAUUGCAGCAUGAACCUUUUGAUUGUCACCAUUGUUGAGAUUCAUACACUGAUUCUUGAUGUCUCUCUUUGUGUUUGAAUGACAGGGUAGUUAAUAAUGUUUGUGUCUUAUGCUUUUAUAAUCCUUCAUGACUGAUUAUGAUGCUGGAUCCUAUGCUGUAUAAUCACAGAGCUUUUAUAUUUAGAAACUUUAGAUUAAUAAAACCUCACCAAGACUACAUAUUGAGUCUAGGUGAUGACUGUGUUGUUAUCAUCAACAACACACCAAUAUCACCUGGUUGCAGUAUCUUUUCGGUUUUCCUUGCCAUAACCAAUGUGCUUUACAAACACAGUUACAGCAGCCCCAAAAAAUAUAAUGUUAUGAAGUCAAGGUUCAAGAGCCCAACUAAAGCAAACACUACUCGCCACGAUGGUAACGUUAAAUAAAACAUCAUCUAAAUCUCUGUUAAUUCUCAAUAAGCGCUUUUGUAGAUGUCUGACAGAAAUAAAGUCAGUCUGGUUAAUAAUGA